CCUCCUCAUUCGACCUCUAUACCAUUGUGUAUAGCGCCAUGAUAAAUACGUCAGUGUGUGAUGCGUACUUGCAUGGUCAUAAGUCCGAGACGGAAGAAGAUUUUUCAAGUACACAGAGGAUUAUCACGUACAAAUGUACUAUGAUCAUAGCCUUAAAUAACAAACCAUGCCAGGUGUAUGUCUCGUGUGACAUUUUAUCUGAGAAACUCUCAAUUCGCGAAGUCAUUGGCAUACGUCAAAUUGUGCACUGACAAGCGCCAAAUUGUACCGUAUUUUUGAUAUUUUUCUACAUAAAUCAGUUAAACAUUGAUAUUAAAAACAGGUCGUCUCAUUAAGGUAAUGAAAUACAUCAAGGAAUUCCUGAAGCGAGAACUCGAGGAUUUGAAAUCCCCGGAUAUAUGGAGAGCGACCUGUGCAGAAUGGCUAGGACUGUCUCUGGUAACUCUGUUUGGGUCCGGAACAGGAUUGUAUCACCAGGACAACCCAGCAUCAGCGCCAUCUAGUGUUAACAUCGCCCUGGAAGCUGGGUUCAUGAUCGGUUGCCUAGUGGCGAUAUUUGGAACAGUUAGUGGCGGUCAUGUUAAUCCUAGUAUUACGAUAGGGUUCGCCGUUACUAGGGAAAUAACUGUAGUCAGAUCAUUUUUGUACAUUUUAGCUCAAAGUUUUGGUGGUAUCUGUGGUUCAGGAAUAUUGUACCUGUUGACCCCGAGAGGCAUGCAACAGGGUUCUUUCGGACUGAUAUCGCCUGGAAAGGAUGUGACGGAUCUACAAGCCCUGUUUACAGAGGCUGUAACUUGUUUCUUCUUACUCUUUGGGACGUUCGCUAUGAUUGACAAAGGCCGGGACGAUCUUCCAGGGUCCGUUUCACUGAUGAUAGGACUAAUGGUGUCCAUUAACGUCUUUUUUGCGUUUAAUAUCUCCGGUGGGUGUAUGAAUCCAGCUCGGAACUUUGGACCUGCCGUUAUUACUGGCAAACUGGACAAAAUAUGGCUGUAUUGGGUCGGACCUUUGGCGGGGGCAGCUUUGGGCGCUCUUCUGUAUGACAAAGUGUUUUCUACCAAGGCAUGUCGAUGGUGCAUGGGAGGAUGUACUCCACUCAACUACGGGGAUGAGAAUAAUCUGGAAACUGUAAAAAGGAAAGAGUCUAAAAUACCUGAAUCUCAGAUUGGAGAAAACACCGACAAGAUAGGUGAAAAAAAUAUCUUCGUCAAAAUAGAAUCAACAAAACUUUAGACCGAGAAAAGAUAUCAAUGUGCCAAAUUUCCAUAUGCGAGCGUGUUACAUAUGUGUCAAUAUGUCGUCUAGCUCUGAUUGGAAUAGAUAUCGUCACGUGCAGGUCGAUAUAUAAAUAUAGACUCCAUGUUUCUAGAAUGUGAACAACCGAACCAUAUGGACCCCGGAUUAUUGUCAUAUCAAUAUAUUGACCACCCCAAAUAUGAUCAUAAUCAUACAUUUGUCUCAUUGUCGGUUAAUAUGGUAUUAUAUCAACCGGUAGAAAAGCGGUUUUCAGCAAAUGUCCAUAAUUGUGUAUAAUUCCCUCUCCAAAAUAGGUAUACAUACUUCAGAUAGAUAUUGCUUGAUGUCUGUUUUCCAUUGAUAUUAUCUAUACUGUAAAACUGAAAUCCAAAGGUUUCACC